CGUCUCUUUUCAGUUCGAUUUGCAAGAUCGUUCUAUCGACCCAUCUCACAUUAUUUUCCCUUUCAUCUCUCACUUCAAAGCUUGAUGAAAAAAGUCCUCUGAGAGACGUUCUUUUUGUAUCAUACAUUUCAGCUGAUUUUGACGAUACGUUCUGAAACAUGACGUUGAUUUCGAAGAAGGGCGCCAUCCCGCGCAGCCAAAAUCGCCAACAACAUCCCAAUCAGCAGCCUCAAGCUCAGCCAAGUGCUUCUGGUUCUUCAUCCAGCAGUGUGUCUCCUGAAAACAUGAAUCGGGCCUCCCAUGAGCACCGAACACUUCUCUAUUCGGAACUCUUUCAGGGUGCCUCUAUGUGGGAUAACAGGAAUUCGGGCAGUGUGCAAGUGGAGCCGAUCAGAUCUCCUCCUGCUUUGGACGACAGUGAAGCUAUUGAUCUUGAGGAAUUUGUCGUCAAUACUCGCUUAGGAGCGAUUGGAACUCCUCGCCAAUCACCCAAGGAGGAAGAUGGAGCUGUAGGCUACUCAAGCCCCAGUCCAGCUUCUGACGAGACCCCACCGAAUUAUCCUGGGAUGAACUAUCGCUGUGGUAACUGCCAGAUGCAUCAUGCCAUUUCUCGUUGUCUCAGCUGCAGCGAUAUUCUCUGCGAAGAUUGCGUCCAGCGUCAUGUUUAUCGCAAUCUGGCAAAUGAUCAUAUGAUUGUGCCUCUGCACGUGCCCCCACCACCAGCUCCAUCAUGUGCCAUGGCUGCUAUGGCCAAUCUCAAUUCAGGUCCCCGCUGUGCUUUGCACAAUGAAUCUCUGCGUUACGUCUGUGAGACUUGCUUCAUGAAUGUCUGCCAGGAUUGCACCCUUUGGGAGCACAAAGAUCAUCACUGUGUCCUGGCCAUGGAGGUGGUAGACAAUGCCCAUGGAAAGCUCAAUGCCAUUUUCAAUUAUGGCAAAAUGGGCACUCAAAAGAUCAAAUGUAGCAUCGACAAGGCUGUCAUCUACUCUCAAGCUAUUGAGAGGGAGACAUGCGAAUUGGCCAAUCGCAUCCGGAAGACCAUGAGAGCUCUCUGCGCAGCUGUGGAGGAACGCGAACGCGCCUUACUUGAUCGUUUGGAGAAGAUGCGCUAUCAGAAGCUGACAAUCCUCUCAGAUCAAAUGACUGGUCUCAGAGCUGCUCUUGCAGGAAUUGCUCAGACAUCCGUGGAGCUGACAAAAGCCCAGCAGGUUCUGCCCACUCUCAGUCAGACUGAUUUAGCACUGGUUCUCGUGCGUACUGAGAAUCAAAUGUUUGAAUUUUCGGAGAUGUACAAAAGCCUUCAGCCGAAGGAGGAAGUCUUUACAUUUGUGCCACCUAACUUUGAUCUAGCCACAGAAAUCAAGAAACAAGGCGACGUGCAGCUCCAGGAGCGCCGCAUGCCAAAUGGAGAGCUGCCAGAACCACUUCCACCAGUCAAUGGCAAUUCCAAUCUUCUACAGCAACAGAGACGACGGCCUAUUCUUCGUGCACUUGAAGGACUAGCUCCUGUUGCCCAGCCGGUAAUGAUGCCACCUCCUCCAGUAGAGGAGAGACGUCCUGAGCCGCCUGAAGUCAUGCCUAGGGAGUUGUCGCCUGCUUUUGGUGACACUUCCAGUCGAUCGGAAUUUGCUGGCAGUCUCUGUAUCCCUGGUCACCCAUUUCCCAUUCGUGUUCGCUACACUCCUGGUCCAGUAGUGUCAUUUGCCUUCGAGGGCUCUGGUGAGGGAGAAGUGAGCCGCCCAUGGGGUGUCUGCGUGGAUCGUGAUGGGCAGAUUCUCUUGGCAGAUCGUCGGAAUAAUCGCGUGCAGGUUUUCGGUCAGGAUGGCAAAUUGCGCUUUAUGUUUGGGACUCAGGGUCAGGCCAAUGGGCAGUUUGAUCUGCCAGCUGGUAUUACAACGGAUCAGAUGCGCAGGAUCAUUGUGGUGGACAAAGAUAACCACCGAGUGCAGAUUUUCAGUCACACUGGCACCUUCAUGCACAAGUUUGGGACCUUUGGGCGCGAAUGCGGGCAGUUCCAGUACCCGUGGGGUGUUUGCGUAAACGCCAAGGGUGACAUCCUUGUAUCCGACUCCAGGAACCAUCGCGUACAGCUGUUUAAUCACAGUGGCCACUUCAUUGCUCGCUUCAACUUUGACGGUAUCCAUCACACGCGUUCCCUCAAGGGUCUCACGUCUCCGCGGGGAGUCACUUGUACUCCGGCUGGCAACUUCAUUGUGUCAGACUUUGAAAAUCAUCGUCUUAUGAUUGUGGACCCGGGACUGACGCGUAUCAUCGCCACCAAGGGCUUCGAGGGCAUUCCACGGCAGGACUUCAGCCGUCCGUCUGGGCUCUGUGUUGACGAUGAGGGGCGUGUGAUUGUUGCCGACUCCAAGAAUCAGCGAGUUCUUGUCUUCACGAAGGACUUUGACUUCCUCUGGGCUGUGGACGUGAGACCAGAGAUUAAGCCAGAUCGUCCUCCGAUGCAUGACAAAGAUCGCCCCACAGACAUCGCGCUCCUUCCUGACGGUCGCCUCGUGAUGGUCGUGGAGACUUCUCCUGAGUCCAGAGACUGCGUGGGUCCCAAUCAGGCCUUCGUGCACAUCUACUGAGGCCUCCUGCUGCCCUUCAAAGGACAUUUUGGUAAUUUUCAUCAAUGCUUUUUUUUCGUUAGUGAAGUAAGAACGUCUAGCUGCGGCACUCCUUUGUCUCUCAUUUUUUUUUUAUAACUUUGACAUCUUAUUUACGACGUAUUAUUAUUCUCUUUUUUCUAUGAAGUUCUUUUGUCCGGGGAAUUUUUAUGAAAAGGUCACAAUUCCCUGCGUAUAGCGUUAAUAUAAUUUUUUUUCGUUGAAGACUAAUUUUAGGAAAUUUUCUAUUGUGACUCUUUGUUGGAGCACACGAAACGCAAAUGAAGAAGGAAAAAUAACAACAAUUCUACCUCUAAUUUAGGAUAUAAGAGAAUGCUUUUGACCGACCGAGUGUUGGAAUAUUUUUUUUCUUGUAGAAUUGAGAAAGGAUUUUUUGAGCAAAUAGAGUUAAUUCUGGAAAUAAUAUUAUAAAGUAAAAAAAAAAUAAUAGACAUUUUUCUUGCAACUUUAAGAC